AUGUUCAAAAGAAAACCAAAGGACCCCUCCGUUCCGUUUCCAGCGCCAAGUACGUCUAAGGACGUCCGCGAACGCGAAUCCAGCUAUGAAAUAAGGGAGCCGUGCAGAAAGAGAUUCUGUCGAUACUUAUAUAAUAGAGAACAAAAUUUAUUCUGCGGAAGAUCAUGCAAGAGUUGGAUAUGUAUUAUAGCCUAUUCCUUACUGUAUUUAACAUUCCUAUGUACAUACACUCUAUUCUUCUUAUACGGAUCCUUAUCUUUAAUUAAAUAUCUCGAUAAUUAUGAAGGUAUAGACAAAAUUGACCUCAUGACGUACUCACAGCACGGAAUAGGAUUAUCAGCGACACCAACAUCCGUAAACAGCUAUCCUAUAAUAUCAUAUAAAAGUAAUACGAACGAAGAUAAGAAAUACGUUGAAGAACUGGAAACGUUUUUCAAGCGACGAAAGAGGGAUACUGCUUUUGAUUUGGGCCCUUGUGGGUCUUCUCCAUUCGGGUAUGGCAAUAAGCCUUGUGUAAUAGUGCGUAUAAAUAAGCAAUUAGGCUGGUCAGCGAAGCCACUAAAGUUAAAUUCCACGGAUGCCAACAUUCCGCCCCUCGUUCGAGACUGGAUGAAGGCAGAUCAACAGAAGCUUUGGUUGCAUUGCCGCGGGUAUCAUUCGUACGACAAGGAGCACAUUGGAAGUAUAUCGUAUUUUCCGUACCCGCCAGGUUUUGAUCCUGCAUUGUAUCCAAUAGAUAUGAAGAGUGAUUCACAAUUAAUUGCGGUGCAGAUGGCAGACUUCACUCUUGGAAUGUCAAUAGCUGUUGAGUGUACUUUAUAUUUUGAUGGCGGAUCAUCUUCAACGACAUUUCUUCUAUAUGUCACACCAAAGCGAAAGGUAAUUUUAAGUGUGUAG